AUGACCCUCUCCUCCUCGAUCAUCACCGAACCCGACGGAAGUGUCUUCACCUCGUACACGACCCUCGUGUUACCGCUCACCUACUACGGUCCAAGUAUCCCCCUGGACUCAGCUUGGACGUACGGAGGGUUGACCCCACCUCCGUCUACCUCCGCAGCUCCUACCUCCGCGUCGCCGUCUUCUACUGUGUCGCCCUCGUCUGCUCCAUCUAGUUCAUCUAUGUUGUCAUCUUCCCCAACUCCUUCGUCGACCUCGACAUCAUCGGCGUCAAGCUCAAUACCGCCGAGCACCUCCAUGACCAGCACGUCGUCGGCAUCGGCGUCAGCGACAUCCUCUGCCGCAGCGGCUGGUGCACAUACUUCGAGAUCAGCGACUAUAUUAGGCGCUGUGCUCGGCUCCCUUCUGGGCACACUGAUUCUGGUGCUGUUGAUACUCAUCUGGCUACUCCUGCGGAGACACUACCGAGGCGUCAGGACCACGACCGACCCACCGAGCAAGAGCGCGAGCUCGAGCUUCUGGAAUCGGUCCACGACGGUCUUCUCGCGGCGCAAGUCGCGGCGGCAGACUCCGAUUUGGACAGAGUGGCAGAUGGUCAAUCCCGAGGAUUUCGAGGAUAGGCUGCCUCAAAGCCCAACGAGCCCGCGCAGCCCCGAAGAAGGCACCCCGCGUGACAGCGGAGACGAGACGGACCCCUUCUUGAACCGCACUGUCCGCGGUGCGAAUGAGAUGUCGCAGACGCAGUCGGGCACGGACACACUUGUUAGCGUGCCAGCGGCUGCGGCCCUCGCUGCAGGCACGGGCUCGACGCGCCGGCCAGGGACAACGACGCAUGUGGGCGGACCCAUCAUGCCGCGCGAGGAGCUACUCGCGCGUAUGAACGAAGAGGAUGCUGCGAUGCCGCAGGUGCGCCUAGUAAGCCCCUCGACUGACGAGCACACGUCGCCGCUUCUGCCACCUCCGCCGCUGGGCUCGGACCGCCGAAGCAUGCGUGCGGCAAGGCCAUCGUUCAUUGAGACAAAGUCAAUGCGCUCGCUCGCGUCUGCCGCGUUCUCCGGGUCGUCAGAGAAGUCAGGCAGCAUUGACGCGCAGGAGCAGGAGCGUGCAGAGCUGCUCACGGCGCGGCGAGUCAAGGUCAGUAACUACAGUCAGCCCACGUCGGACGCAGGCAACAGUUCCAUCAUGAGUGGCACCUCUGGCCUCGAGAGACUCGCGAACCUCCCGCGGAUGAGCUGGUUUAGGCGGAUGUCUUUCCUCCCCCCUCCCAUGGGCUCGAGACCCAGCUCACGUGAAGGUGCGGAGGGGGAUCGGUACACACGUACACCCCCACGCUCGCAUUCAAGACAGGGAUCUCGCUCAAGACCACUCUCGUGGGCGCCGCUGCCCACACAUGAGCCGACUAGUCCGACGCCGGAUUCCAGCGGGAGUCGGAGACCGAGGCCACCAUCGUCGUUCCCCCAGGGCUUGGGUCUCCUCAUCGGCGGGGAACGGCCUGUCUCUUCUGUCAGUGCCAAGAGCCGUGCAAGCGUCAGCACCGUGUACCAUGAUGCGAGAGAGACCCCAAGCAGCUCGUUGGUAGACGUCAGCGUGACCCCGGCUGGAACGUUUGGAUCUAAUCGUUCACAACCGGGCAUUCCGCCUGUGCCUCCGCUCCCUCAGGCCCGCACGGCGCCCGUGUCGCCGCUCGCAGAGCUGACACCUGAGAUCGCUACUCGUGGUGGCUAUCUGGACAUACCUGCCUAUGAGCCACCUACCUAUGAGGAGUCGCAUCGUGACUCUCCGCACAGCUCUGGAGACUCCGGUCCAGGCGACACCGUCGACGUGCUUGACAUGCCUGUUCCCCGCCCUGCCUCGCCGUUCACUGCCGCCUCUGGAAGCAGCCGUACGCAACCUCCCCCGGGCCUGCCAAAUCCUAGCGUGUGGCGCGACUCGCAUGCGACGACGGAUGGAACUUCUAGUACCUCUGGCAUCAGGAUUGACGUCCUGGAAGAGGCGCCGCCUCCGGCUCAAGAUGGGUGGCGCACACUGUCAGGCAACGUCGGUGCUGCAGCACCCGGCGGGCGACGGACAACCUUUGGAGUGCCUAUGGUAAUUCAUCGGGAUGCCCUGCAGUCCGAGCGUGGCUCUCUUGCGUCUGGACGGUCGCAUCUCACUCCACAUGUCCUGCAUUCGUCUGGCUCUACGGCUGCAUCACUACACACGCACCAUAGUUCCUCGUCCAAGUCGCACUCGCAAGGGCCUAGUGGCAGUUCUGGAUCUCGUUCCGUCUCGCACGCUGGCUCAGUCGGCGAACGGAGGCUCGAACAGGUCAGCGAGACUGCUUCCCCACCCUUGUCCGCCGUCUUUUCCAGAGAAGGCGCCUGGAGCCCGACUUUACCAGGCGUGCGCCCGAUGUCGCCCAUCCGCCAAUCGCCUUCGUCUUCUGCAGAAGAAGCGCCCGUGCUCCCGGAGCCGCGUCCUGCAACGCCGACGACCGCUGCUGGGACGGUGACCUCCACGACGACUUCGAGGACUGAAGACAGUGGCACGCAUGCGAGUGUGACGACGAGCGGUACGGACCCAGUGAGUGGCGCUGUGUUGCACUUUCCUGCGCUGCCGUGGUACCGACCCAGCGAACAGGGCUUCGUCGACUCCAGACGUGACGAUGACCUCCUGUGGUAG